AGUUGUGGUUCCUCCUGCCAAGCCCAGCCGGCUAUGCUAUUUUUUUUGUCCGGAAGGAAGGAGGCUUUUCUUCGCAAGGGCGGGCCUUUUGCAUGCGAGGCAAAGUGCGCAGCCCGGGCAGGAGAGCGGCAUGAAGCGGAAAGGAGCAGGGGAAAGAGAGAAGGAUGUCAAGAAACGGAAACUCCUUGACGAACUUGGAGAGAGCUGGCUUCCAUAUUUGACACCAAAGGAUGAUGGCUUCCAUCAACUGUGGAAGACAAAAUAUUCAAAACUCGUCCUCAGAACUGCUGAGAAGAUUCCCAAAGAGGUCCAUGAAGAAGUUCAGGAAGCUUUUUUGACUUUGCAAAAGCAUGGUUGUUUUUUCCAAGAUCUUGUAAGGAUCAAAGGGAAAGAUUUUGUUACCCCGGUAUCUCGUAUAUUAGUUGGAAACCCAGGAUGUACCUACAAAUAUUUGAACACAAGGUUAUUUACGGUCCCCUGGCCUGUGGAAGGUUAUGAAAUAAAUUAUUCCCAUCCUGAAAUAUCCAAGGCUUGCAAGGCAUUAAUCAAACUUAAUUGCUACUUGCAUAGAGAAUCCGUCCUGGCUUUGCAAGAGCAGAAUUUGGCCGAAACAAAAGGAAUGGAAGAUUCUCCUGUCAUCGAUAGGCAUCAGGAUUAUGCUACUUCCAUUACAGAGAUGGGGUCCAUUCUGCAAGAUCAAAGCCCUUCUCAUGUCCCAGAGAAUGACCAUAGCCAUCUGAAAGAGAGAACAUCUUACAACCUGUCUUUAUUAAAUUAUAUGGAUCCACAACAAAUGCCGUUCUUGAAACAAGAGCCUUAUUUUGGAAUGGGGAAAAUGGCUGUGAGUUGGCACCACGAUGAAAAUCUAGUUGAAGGGUCAACAGUGGCUGUCUACAGUUAUAGCUGUGAAGAACCUGCCGCUGAUAUUCUUGAGGAGAAGGCUCCAAGUGGCAGAGACCCAGCUGUCUGGCAUGUUGGCUUGAAAGUUGCUUGGGACAUAAAGAACCCGGGGUUGGCUGUACCCCUGUACCCAGGAGACUGCUACUUUAUGCUAGAUGAUCUCAACAUGACCCACCAGCAUUGUGUCCUGGCUGGCUUGCCGCCUAGAUUCAGUUCUACUCAUAGGGUGGCAGAGUGCUCUCAAGGGACCCUGCCUUAUAUUUUGGACCAGUGCAAUGCUGCACUUCAGAACUUGUGCACCGAUACUCAUUUGAGCUGUCCGACUUUGAAAUCUCUGGAUGUCGAUGACAUAAAGCGAGUGGAAGAAACCCAUAAUGAGGUUGAGUUUGAAUGGCUCCGACAAUUUUGGUUCCAGGGUAAACGUUAUAGGAAGUGCACUGACUGGUGGGACAAACCAAUGGCUGCGCUGGAUGAAUUUUGGAGGAAGCUGGAGCUCAUGACAAGCCUACUGCUCUGUGAAUUCAGGAAAGAGGAACAGGCGGAGGAACAAAGGAAGGAACGAAUCAGCUGCCUCCUGCCCAUUCUUGAAGAGCGUCAGGAGCUACGGCAGGAUUGGCUUGCAAGCGGUUACAUUGCUCCCGUUCACCUGUAGCCAACCUGACGCCAGAGUAAAUGAAAGGACCUGCCAUCAAAAGUAUCUUCUCUCUCCCUUUCCCCGCUUUUCUUACUUGGGACUGAGCAGAGUUUUACACUUGUUCCUAGUCUGCUGCCUUCAGCUCCCAGAUAGAAUUAUAGCAAAACUGCCUAAUUAAACUGUCGCUGUCUGCCUGCACUCGAGUGCCUUUACAAAGUCAUUUAACUGACUGACAUUCCAAACUAUUAAAGCCGAUUGCGGCGUGUCUCCGUUGCUGUGGAUAAAAAUGAAUGGAAAUUUGUUAAUGUGCGCUGACAUUUGAUCCUGGAUGUUGAACUAACGCUGCACCACCUGAACUCAUCUCUUCCCUCCCUCCCACCUACCCACCACCUUCAUUCUAAUCACUUCCUAUGUUUGUUAUUUCCUAUAAUAAAUUGGGGGAAAUUGCAACAGGUAUUAACAUUCUUCAGUUUGAUUUAUGAGUGCCUGUUGAACACAGCAUCCAUCUCACGCUUCUUUUGAGAUUGUACUUCUGUGCAUGAUUAGACCCGUGAUGGAAUAUUUCUCUCCCUCCCCCCCUCACUCCAAAUAUACAGUAAGAGCAUGAUAUAUUUCCUUCAUGGAGGAUGAAUAGAGUUGUUGCUACUACUAUGACUUCUGAACCAGGGACAGGGAUCCUGUGGCCCUUCAGAUGUUGUUGAGGCUGGUUUAUUUGGGCAUGUGUGACACUGCCCCACCAACUCUGUCUGUCCUCAGCCAGUCCCCAUCUACCUACCUUCUUACAUACAACCAGCCUCCUCCUUUUUAGUCCUCUUAGUGUUGCCCUUCUAGAAUUCAGCAGGGAGGAAGAUGGGGACAAAACCAGAAUUAGGUUUCUUCCUAUCAUUGGUUCUACCUCCACUAGCCACUUGUGCUGGCAAAUCCUACUUUUCUCCCCUCUGAUAUCUGCUCUACCAGUCACAGUGGUAACUCCCAUCACAAGAAGCUUUGGUGCACUUUCUUGAUAAACUGGCAUUCACUUUAAUGGAAUUAUGCUCUCUGGUCACAUCUCUACUUUUUUUU